AUGGAGCACCAUCGCCCCGUGCUUCCAUCGCAGCAUCCUUCCUCCACCUAUGGGUAUGACCACCACCAGGGUGGGGGACCAUCCUCAUCCCACUCCCGUCCACCACUUCGUGAGUCCACGGGUAACGCACAACAUCUCAGUGUAGUGCUCUCAUCAUCAUGCCGCCAGGCCCCGUCUCUCGGCAUCUACUCCCCCUCCUUGCCGCCCUCAAUCCCCACGCCGGUGGUGCCUUCACAAGCCGGACCCCAAUACUGCGGCGGUAGUGGCAGCGGCCGAAUGAGCGGCUUCAGGUCAAGGGCAGAUCAGCUCCGUCUUGCACGUCGACCCAGACACGAUAUCAACCCCAUUUACUUCGCUCCUGAGUUUCGGCCCUAUCGAGAUAAGCAGGACCAGAAGGACCCGAACGAGAAGCAGAUCUGGCCGAGGGUAUUAGAGGACGCUUUCUUGGACUCGUUGUUGAUCAUUCCGCACAUGGGAAGGAAAAAGUACAGCAUGCAGGGGAAGCAAUUCGGACGCAACAUGCUCAUCAGCGAAUAUCUGUGGAUCGCGUAUUGUUGCAGCCUGCAGCCUGGACAGAAGGCGGAAGAGCGCAAGCGGAAGCAGGUGUCCAGCCACAUUCAGGUGGUCAAGAAGAUGUUUGAGAAGCACCGUUGCUACCAUUUCUUUUUUGUCAAAGAUGCCGAGAAGAGCGAGGCUCGUCUCAAGGAGAACAAUGCCGAGAUGGCUUCCUUUAAAGACAAUCCCGUACUCAUCGCUCUCUCGGAGGGUAGGCUGCCGGACGUGCGGCCGAAUUAUGAGUACUUUGCGCAGAUUCUCGCCAUGGAUUCCCAGGUCGUCAUGCGAGCCAAGACUUGCUGGAUCUUCGUCUCUUCAUCGGACGUGACCCUCGACGAGGGCACGGGUACGGCCUUUGACCGCAAUGGCAAGGCGCUCGACACUGAUAUGUAUCCCCAUCUGGAAAAAAACUUGCACCGGGAGACGGACAGCGGCCUGGCGCGGGGCCUUGCGGGGGGGGGUGUAUUGCUGCAUGAGUACAACCGCGAGCUUACGCAGAAAGAGUCGGCGGCGGCGACAGAGAUCUCUCAGGACUGGGAGGUCCGUUUCCCGGUGCUCCACAGGAGCCUCGAGGCCGCCACAGCAGAGAACCGUUGGCUGGACAUGCUCGAACUUACGAUAACACUGGAGCUCCAUCCGCGCAGCAAUUUCCCCACAGGAUCGGAGCUGAACGGCUUCGUCGAGCUGAGCAUCGCGCAGCCACACUUACAGAACCACCGAUGGAAGUGCGUCACGUUGCUGCAACGCCCUGAAGAACUCUGCCGCGCGGGCGAGGGCGGUUCGGUGCUCGUGGAGCAGACGAGCGAGGUUGGGGUGCAGUACAUGCACAGGCCGGGUUGCGGUAGAAACAGCAGCGCAGAAGGCGGGAGUGGCGGCCUGGAGUGCGACUGCCGGACCAGACCACGUCAAGAUGUUAGGGUGCCGUUCCCGGCGGCGGAGUGGGCAAGCAUCCUCAGCAGUUGCGCAGGGUACCUCCAAGAGCCCAUCGACGCACGGUCGAGAGCGGGCGGCGCAAGCGGCGAUGACGCCAAGGCCGCGGAGCAAGCGACGCUUGACUCGGAGCGAACUACGGCGGAGCUGAUCCAACAGAUCGCCAUGUUCCAGGAGUUGUGGUCAUGCCCGCCCGACGCAGCACCAAACCGAAGAAAGUGGACGCGGCGAGGCGUCCUUCUGUGGAAGUUCCGCACGGUGUACGCCUUCGACGACAAGGGCAGUCCUGUUUACGAGAAGGUCAGCGCGACAAAGGGACGCAAGGUCUCCUUGGAUGGGGAUGACGAUGACACAGGAUCCGGGUCGAGCCGUCGUUCCAGCAAAGCCAAACGCAUGUACCAUCCGCCUGGGACGACAUGGCGGUUCCUGACGGCGUUGGAUCCUAUAUCUCCGGAGCAUCAACGCAACGUGUGCGUCAACCCGGCCACCAAUAACUCCGUCCCCAAUCGUGACAUGGUGAUGGCGCCCACCCCCAGUUACCCGCAUCAUAUCACGGCGGCCAUGAGCGAGAACCUCAGCGCGGCAUGGGACACCGUCACCAUGCCUGGGCAGCUUCCAAGUUUAACCUCCGCCGGGACGAUGAACUUGCUAGACAGCUUCUCCCAAGGGGUUGCCACCCCCCCGCCCACCGCCUCCCUGCACUCAUCCUACGCGCCGAGCUUCGAUGGGAACCACGACCAGUCAGGACGACAGCAUACACGUCAUCAUCAGCAGCAGCAGCCACAGUCGCAGCCUCAGAACCCGCAAAGCAACCAACAGCAGAGUCAACAGCUGGACUUCCUAUCAUCUGCUUGUCCCACGUCCAUCGACCACCAGAGCACCCUUGUAAGCGACGUCAGCUCUGCCGAGACCACUGACCCCUUCCUCUCCGUCGCGGGCGGCAUGAGUAUCUCCGGUGGCAUGGACGUGGGUGGUUUUGACGAUGGCGACGGUAACGGGUUGCAGAGCUGGGACGCUACAACCACGGCCACAUCGUUCAGCGGGCUCGACCAGUGGAGCGGGUGGGAUUCGACUGUGGAAUCGGGUAAAACAGCGCCGCAGCCGUGGCAGAACGACAACCAGCGCAAUGUGGGAGCCAAUGGCGGGCUGUGGCCCGUUGAGAACGGCAAAGACAGCAACCAGAAUGUGUGGGCUCAGCCGUCUUGGGCUCAGGCCGUAUCGGCAGCGACGGGAACGGAUGCACGGACAGGAUGGCCGUCGGUUGACCAGCGAUUGCUGCCCUCGCUGGAUCAAAUUAGUCCCCUGAGGGAGCUCGGAACGAGAAAACGAGCGAGGUCAAACAGCCUAGACAUGGUGAACAGGGAAAACUUCCCGGCGACGGCAAUACAAAAGUUGGUACAUCACGGAGCAAUGCCCGUUGGCAUGCUCGAUGGAGGCCACGGCCAUGCCAACCCUAGGUGGUAG